CGCCUCCAGUCCGCGCCGGCGAGUGGCGGAGGAAAGAGCGUCCGGGCCUGGCACCGCGCACGCACUGAGGCGGGGGCGCGUCGGGAGCCGACACGAUCCGCCCCGGAGCCGCCGGCGGCGGCGGCACCGUCCCCGCGCCGCGCCGCGCGGCCAGGGCAGCAGCAUGAGCGGCUCCCCCGGGCGCGCCAGCCGCUGAGCCGGGCCUCUCGGAUGCUCGAGGCCCCUCCGGGCUGAGGAUGCUGAAGAUGAAGCUGCCGCUGAAACAGACGAGCCACCGGGCGGAGGAGGCGGCGGGGAUGGGGCUGAAGGAGCCUGGUAACCGGGACUGUCACCUCCAGCUGCAGCAGGUGCCCCGGCCGCCUCCCCGCGGCGCGGCGUCGGCGGGGUGCGGGCGGGAGCGUCCCAACCAGCUGCCUGGCUUGGGCCCGGGCCCGGGCCCUGGGCCGCCGCCGGCUCCUGCCGCGGGCGUGGCGGCCGCCCGCACGGACAAGGAGACGGUGUACGAGUGGUUCGGCCUCGUGCUGGGCUCGGCGCAGCGGCUGGAGUUCAUGGUGGGGCUGCUGGACUUGUGCAACCCGCUGGAGCUGCGCUUCCUGGGCUCCUGCCUGGAGGACCUGGCCCGCAAGGACUACCACUGCCUGCGCGACGCCGAGGCCAAGGCCAACGGGCUCAGCGACCCCGGGCAGCUCGGAGACUUCCGAGACCCGGCCGUGCGCUCCAAGCUCCUCGUCUACCUGGCGCUGCUGGGCUCCGAGAACCGAGAGGCCGCCGGCCGCCUCCACUGCCUGCUGCCCCAGGUGGGCUCUGUCCUGAAGAGCUGCGGGGCUCGGCUGCGGGAGGAGGAUGGGCCCGAGGAGGACAUGGAAGGGCCUGGAGAAAACGGCCAGGCCCUCCCUGUUGAGAGCCUGGGCUUCAGGGCGCAGGAGGAGCUGCUCUUGCUGUUCACUAUGGCCUCUCUGCACCCCGCCUUUUCCUUCCACCAGCGGGUCACCCUGAGGGAGCAUCUGGAGCGGCUGCGGAGGGCCCUCUGUGGGGACCAGGAGGAGGAGGGUGCCUUCGGCCCUGCAGCUCAGAAUGACUUUUCCCAUAAUGACUGCAUGCCAAGUAAUGAGAAUAGUUUGGAUCGCACCACGCCACCUCAUGAUGGACUUUCGACGGCCUCUCAUAGACCUCAGCGGGAAGCUGUUCACAUUGAGAAGAUAACCCUGAAAGGAGUAUCAAGAAAAAGGGCUGACAAACAUUUGGAGUACACCUUCAAAGUAACCUGGUCUGAUCUUUCUGUAACAUGUGUAACAAAAACACACCAGGAGCUGCAGGAAUUCCUACUAAAACUUCCAAAAGAACUGUCAUCUGAAGCGUUUGACAAGACCAUUUUAAGAGCACUAAAUCAGGGUUUCCAGAAGAAGGAAGAACGGCGGCACGCAGAUCUAGAGCCAAUAAUAAGGCAGCUAUUUUCAAAUACGUCACAGGUAUUUCUGCAGAGUCAGAGAGUGUACAAUUUCUUCCAGUCAAUUUCAUCAGAAUCCUUGCACACUUACAAUGUAAUGCAGCACACAUCAGCCCAUAAAAAACAUAAUGGGAAAAGUCCUGUUGCCAACACUAGCAGUACAAAAUGUUCUUCACUGGAUGGCCUUAGCAUAAAACACUCUGAACAGAAUGGGGUAGUGGAUUGGAGAAGAAAAAACUGCACUGUUCAACAGCAUCCAGAGCACUGUACAAACUUACUUGAUCAGCAUGCUGGAGAGAAACGAAGCUUAUCUGCAAUAAGCAAGAAGAAAGGAAAGCCACAACUGGAAAAGGAUAAAAUAAAGAAAACUGACAGCAGAUUGAGCAAUAGGAUUAAUGGAGUUAGAGUUGCAGCAACACAGCACAUCCGUGCAGGGGCAGCAAAAGAUCUGAAUUUGGACGUUGGAUCUGGACGUGACACAUGUGGAGAAACAUCUUCAGAGAGUUACAGUUCUCCUUCUAGCCCACAACAUGAUGGGAGGGAAAGCUUUGAAAGUGAAGAAGAGAAGGACAGAGAUACAGACAGCAAUUCAGAGGACUCUGGGAAACAAAACGCAGGCAGGUUUACUGUUUAUGGUGCUGUCAGUCCAUCAAACAUCAAAGCAGCAGCUGCUCAGAUUUCUUCAGUGAGUAACGAGAAUGGAAGCAUUUCAGAGGAUCCUUUAAAUUCAAAGUUUCAACAUAUUUCAUUUAUGCCUGCCUUACACUGUGUGAUGCACAAUGGUGCACAGAAACCUGAAGCUGUAGUUCCACCACCCGUAUCUGCUGAUGGUAAAACAAUGGGAAUGCUUGUUACCACUCCUGUCGCUAUAUCGCCAAUGAGAGAAUCUGCAAAUUCAGCUCCAGUUGGAAUAGGGCCAAUGACUUCUGGUGAAUCUGAAAAACGCCUUGAGCUGUUGGCUUCCCCUCUACCAGUACCAUCUACUUUCCUUCCACAUUCUGUACAGCCUGGUAGCCCAGCUUUGCACUUGGCAAUACACAGAUUGAAAAUACCCUCUUCGCAGGGAUCAUCUGAAAAUUGCACAGUUAAUGGACCACAGCAACCAACAGCAAACUUAAGUAUUGGCUCACCAAAUACUGCCUUUAUCCCAGUCCACAGCCCAGGUAGUUUUCCAGGAUCCCCAGUUCCUAAUACAGAUCCCAUCACAAAACCUGCAUCCCAAGUGGUAGGACUGAAUCAAAUGGUGCCUCAUAUUGAGGGGAACACCGGAGCAAUCCCUCAGCCUACCAGUCUAAAGGUAGUUCUUCCCGCAGCUGGUCUUUCAACAGCACCUCCACCGGCUUCCUAUACUUUGCCAGGCACUCCUCAUGCUACCAGUGUGUUGCCCAACCAGAAUACAAAUGUGCUGAACUCUGUAGCAACUUCCACACCACCUCAGUCAGCUGGUUUAGGUGUUGGUCAGAUCCAGUCAACUAUUCCCCCUGCAAUACCUACCCAUACACCAGGCCCUGCCCCUAGCCCAAGCCCUGCUUUAACACACAGCACUGCGCAGAGUGACAGCACAUCCUAUAUAAAUGCUGUUGGAAAUACUAACACUAAUGGGACUUUAAUGCCUCCCCAGCAGUUGGGGUCUGGGGCUUGUGGUUCUUGUGGACGUAGAUGCAGCUGUGGGUCCAAUGGAAGCCUUCAGAUCAAUAGCUAUUUUUAUCAUAACCCUAUUCAUGGACAAGUCUACAGACUUCCACCUUUCUUCACUCUGCCAUCUCUUUGCAAUGGCAGCUACCUCAACCAAGCACAUCAAAGCAGUGGAACACAACUUCCUUUUUUCCUGCCUCAGACUCCAUAUGCAAAUGGACUGAUGCAUGACCCAGUAAUGGGGAGCCAAGCCAACUAUGGUAUGCAGCAAAUGACGACAGCAACAUUUGGGAGGUUGUUUCCUAUAUAUCCAGCACCUAACGUAGUUGCCAACACAAGUGGAUCGGGGCCCAAGAAGAAUGGGACUGUUUCAGGUUACAGUUGUGGUGCGAAUGGACACUAUGCGCAGGACUGUAAGCAGUCAUCCAUGGAGGCCAAUCAGCAAGGUAAUCAUGAUAGCUCCCAACGGACUUGCUUUUGAGUUUACUGGUUUCUCUUUACCUUACUGACCAUGCUGUUUCUGUUCUUGCAGAAAGGUGUGUGCGUGUGUGUUUGUAUAAAUGUACGUUGUGCACUAGUGGUCUGCUAUAAAACCGCAAAGAGGCUUAUCUAGGCCCAAUAAUCAAACACUGGGGGAAAUGGAGUUCACAGGUACUAAACUAAAUUUUGAAAGGGUAUGAAAUUGGGUUAGGAAAUCAACCUAUCUCUGUUCUAAAUUGUCACACUUUUCUCUAGGCUUUUGGCAGUAUUUUCAGACUUGCAUGCUAUUAAUGUCAAGUCUUCCACUCCCUUUGAUGUUUUGGUAGAAUUCAGUUGCAAAAAGGAUUGGAAAUUGUCAGGUACUAUAUACAAUACAUGGCUUGGAUUUCUAAAGCAUGUGAAGAUUUAGAAAACAAACUGGUCAUUCUGGUGUAUUUUUUACCUCUGCAUAACCAACUGUUCUCUGUACAACCUAUUUAAUGUAGGUGGGAUUUGUUUGACUUCUGAGACAGUUGCAGCAAAAAGACAUUGAAAAAAGACACUAAUAAGAAAUCAAAAUUUAACAAGUGACUUCAGUUUUAUAACUUCCAUCCUCUUUCCAUUCAAAAAAGAGGGGGAAACAGUGUUUGUACCUGUAGAACAUUAAAUACACUUUUCUUCCAUCACUUCCUUUCUGAUCCUCAGUGUGUCUGUUCUGACCUUAAUCAUGUUUGCCAAACUUGAAUGGGAAAAAUUAGUCUUGGUGUUUGGGGGUUGCUUUUACUUUGCAUUUUUCCAGGGGAGAUAGUGUCUUACAUUUUUACGUUGGAUUUCUUUUAUGUUGACACUUCAUCAAGGAGAUAAAAAACGAUGAAGUUUGAGCCCUUCUUUUAAAUAAGAUUGGAGAACAAGAUAGUGCCUUUGAAGAGCAUGUCCAUUUUGAUACCUUGUAGUGGUUUGUAAUCUGUUUAAUUGCAAACAGUGACUUAGUAGUUCUCUUUCCUGUUUUAGGCACUUACAGACUGAGAUACGCACCUCCCCUUCCCCCUUCCAAUGAUACGUUGGAUUCUGCAGACUGAAACAAGUAAACAUUGCCUACAUAACAAACUGAAGUUUGGGGAAUUGAGAGGGAGGGGGAAUGUUUCCUGAGGUCUUGCAUUUGGGAUAUUCCUGGUUUUAUAUUCUUUUGGAAUUUUUCAUUGUUCUUGCACCUUUGUUCAAUACAAAAGAAGAAAACUGAGUCCCUGAUCUCCUGGUUCUGCAAAAAUGCAUGCAACUCAAACACACAGCCAAACAAUCAAAAGAGCAUUUGAACCAUAUUUUUGCACUGAAGACUUGAGACAUGUGCAAUGUUUACUGCAUUUUUUAAAAUGUCCUUUGACCUCCGACAUCACUGGUGGAGCAGCCAUAUGGUUGAAACAAGAAACUUGGUCAUGUUCCCUCACAAUCCCCCCUCUGCUGUCCCACCCCACUCCACCCCCAGCCUGUUCUCCUUAUGCUGCUGUUUUUGUUUUUCUCCCACUUCACUGUGUGUCCACAUGGUUUCAUUGGACUGUAUGAGUAUUUGGCAAUUUAUAGAGAAUUUGUCAAACUAUAGCAAAUUGUUAUGCUCAUGAAUUAUAUGGGGAAAUUGUUUAAUCUUCCUGUGAGGUGUGAGACUAAAGACUCACAGAAUAGUGUGUAUAUGUAAUAUCUUGUAUUAUACAUACAUACAUACAUACAUACACACAGCUCUGGGAUCCAGAGUAAAUGAAAAUCCUUCAAGUAGAAAGGGAAUGAAACACUGUUGACUAAAACAGAUUUAUGAACGUGAGCAAGCUUAAAGUGAAAGAUCUUAUUUCCAUUGUAGUGUUUUAGCCUGAUUGUUCCAAGAGACAAGGGGCGGGGGGGAUGGUAUGAAUGUUGUAUUCCAUGUGUUUGCAUGUCUGAUGAAAGCUGAUAGCGAGUCCUUUUUUAAAAGCUAUUCUACUUCUGUGUCAACACAGAAUGAACAUUACUUGAUUGGUUUUGAUUUGAUUUUUCCCUAAACUAUUACAGUGUUGCAUUGUAUUUAGAAUGUAAAUGGUUUAUUUCAGUCUGAACAAAAGUUAUGGUUUUCUACAAAAUAGUCAGGUAUUAGUAUUAGGACCGGUCUACCAAAUAGCAAAGUCACUAUUUUAUAAUAAUUUACCACUAUGCGUGAUUAUGGUAUAAUGUGAAAGACUGAAAUGCGUGUGCUAAGAUGGUAUUAAUCAUGUUGGUGUCAUGUCAGUAAGUUUUUUAAUGCUGCUGUAUUUUUAUUUUUAAAAGCCAAUAUGUACUAAAUUGCUUCCAGGUAAUAUUUGAUUUCCUAAAGUGCACUGAGGUUAUCUGGAAGACUGAGUGAAUUUUUCAUGACUGCUAUAUUCAACACCGAUGAACAAUUACCACUGUAUAUCCAUAGGUUUUUGGCAUUCCUCACAGUUCAUAGCAGAAAUGAAAGAUUUUUUUUUUUUUUAAAGUAAGAUGCUGGUAUGCAGUAGAGGGACAAAAGUAAAAUUGUAUGGGGGUUCAGCUGCCUAUUUGCUAAACAAAAACUUGAAGAAAAAAAGCUUGAUUUAGUAAAUGUCUUCAUAGGUAGCAUUUAUAUUUAUAGCACCAGUAUACAUUUUUCCCCCGUGGGGUGGGGUGGGGUAGAUGAGAGCUUUAAUUUAAAAAGAAAAGAAAAAGUAAGUAGUAAAUGGAAAUUAUUUUGAUUAAAAAUAUUUUAUUUGAUCUGGGUAUUUUUGGACCGCAUUAUUAAAUGAAUUAACUGCAUUUGAGUUUAAGUGAGGGUGUUAAAGCACCAAUGGACUCAUUGUGAAUUACCUGCCAGUUGUACUUUAUGGAACUUAUUUUAUGAUUUAAAAUACUGUACUGUAAAUAGGAGGUAUGUUACCUUCUCUUUAUUUGUAUGUUUACCAUAUACUUUGAUAUUUGAAAUGUUAUGUACUGGAAAGGUCACUUAUAUUUCUAGAACAGAUUGGAUUUUAUGCAACCUUUCUUCCUUGAAUUAACAGCAAUAAAAAAGGAAAAAAGUGUC